GGUUUCAUCACACUCGUGAACAGGUCAAAAUGCAGAUCUUCCUGAAGACCCUGACCGGCAAGACCAUCACCCUGGAGGUGGAGCCCAGUGACACCAUCGAGAAUGUCAAGGCCAAGGUCCAGGAUAAACGGCAUCCCCCCGACCAGCAGCGACUCAUCUUCGCCGGCAAGCAGCUGGAAGGUGGCCGCACUCUUUCUGACUACAACAUCCAGAAAGAGUCCACCCUGCACCUGGUCCUCCGUCUGAGGGGUGGCUAUUAAUUCUUCAGUCUGCAUUCCCAG